UAAAAAAAGCGAAUACCACGCGCGUUAUUCUUCCAAACAAUUUUGAAAAAUUGCUACGCGGAAAGAAGUGAAUUUGUGGACAUCGAGAGAGACGCGGGAGAGGAAACUGUGACGAUUCUCGAGAAACGAUUCGAGAAACUUUGCAAUCUCCGUGUAUUUUUGGAGGCGAUUCGACGCGUGUCCAGUUAUGCGAUGUGAAAAGCCCGGUUCCGGGCUGAUUAUGACCGCGCGCCGAUUAUGAUGCCGUGAAACGUUCUUGUCGAUAAAGCCUCGUGGCCGAAUGGCGCGUCGAUGCUGCGCUCUCUUCUUCCGGACACGUGCUGAAAGCAUUUUUAAAUAGUGUUAUCGCUCAUCCGAACGCGGACAGACGCCCGGGACCGGAGAGAUAACUGGCGGAGGAGGAAGGCGCAGCUGCGGGCGGAGCGAUUCCCGGAGAAAACUGAACCGGAAAAUCGGCGACUUACGAUCUUAGGAUCACUCGUGUGUCGUGAAGAGCUAACGAGAGAGACCGGCCACAAGUGCGAGCAGCGGGCCAGGAGUUUCCCGUUAUCGCAUCUCGCGGAGACGAGGAAAAAAGAGGCGAUUUGUCCGAGGCGUCCGAUGAGAUUUUGCAAAUCUCACGGUUACCUCACGGUGGCUUCUCUCGAGUCGCAGAAAAUAAAAUAGGUGAACAACAAUCCUCCUGAAUAAUCUUCGUUCUUUCUGACGAAAGAGAAUUGAUUGAAAUAAACGAGGAAAAAAUGGUUUACCGGGGCAGUUUGCAGACGGACGAUCCCAGGGAUGCACCGAGGCUAGUUCGGAUGUCUCCUUUGCGUAACAGCAGGUCCAUCAACCCCGGCCCAAAUUCACGGGCCGUCACCUCCAACAAGGGCUCGACUUAUCACAACUCAUUUGCGACGUCGAUCGACGCCAACCGGGCGCGAUUAAUUGAGGAGAGGCGAUUAGGCCGCGAGCGGGACAUCGAGUCGGUUGAGAAGGUGAUUAUGAGGACUACCGGGUUGAAGAUCGGUGCGCCUAAAUUGCGCAAUAUCAGUCAAAUUCGGGAGACCGUCUUCCUGGACCAAUCACUAACGCCAAUCGACAAGAUCGGCAAGUUGGAACCGAGGAAUCGACCGCGCAGCGUCGCCGUCGGUCUCGAGGAGGGCAACCCCAGGAUAUCGAGGACUCACAACUCUUUGCUGGCAGAUCUGAGGGAUCUGGAGAGGCUGAGGAACACUCCGCCGACGCAGCGGAAUUACAAAUCUCCUUCACAGAGAACGGAAUUAACCCUGGCGAGUAAGAAGAACGAUGUGCCGACCUCGGCCAAAAUCCGGUCGGACAUCUUCAAGAUCCAACAGAUGUUUCAAUCGGCGGAUCCUUUGCCCAGGACGGUGACCAGAAACGGCAAUGACAGGAAGAUCAAAAGCGAUUCGGAGAAGGAGGAGAGAAAGCCGGCGAAGGAAAUCAACAGGACCCGGUUGCUGGCGCAGAAGCUUCUAGAGGCAUCCAGGGGCAAUCGGGAGUCAUUGAAGGAUCGAUGUAACAAUUCGAAGAUUGUAUCCAACAGGACGUCGAACAAGGACGUGGAGAAAAAUGGCAAAGCGCCGAGUAAGAUCUUUCAAGAGAACAUUCUACAGAGAGACCUGAGGGACAAGCAGAGGCAGAAGGAGGAAUUCGCGAAUUCGGAGGAUCGGCCGUGUCCUCCCGCUCGCAGAAGAAGAAACUCGAGGAAUCGAGACUGGAAGAACGCGGAUUAUUCCAUGGACGAACGCCGUGAGUUGGAGGACCGAGGAGUUCGCGAUCUCGAUCGCGAGGAGGACUCGUCGAACGGUGCGGAGGAGAAUUCUAAGGCCAGUUCUAAUCUGGAAAGACCGGAUAUUCUGGAUGGACUGUUGAAGGAGUCAGACCGGCAGCUGGCGGAUCUGAAGAGCGAUCUCGGCGAGAGGGGACGCUCGCGCAGUCACUGGCGAGGGUUCGUGCAAUCCAUGAGGCUGCACGACGUCGAACUUCAUUCUGACAACGAGGAUCAGCGAAAGGACCUGAAUCUGUGGAACAAGAGCAUCAGUCAGCGCUGGCGGAAGCUGCGGCGAAGAUGCUCCGUGCAGGAGUCGUCGGAGCCGCAGGAGGCGCUGAUACAGAGUGGCGGGAAUCACGGGGUUAUACACGCGGUGAGAUCGACACCGGCUAGCAGGGAAGCUUCGCCGGCCGCGAAGAGUCUUCAGGAUGGUAGUUCACCAAAGAAACUACUGCAGACUAGCUCUCUGAGGUUACCAGGCACGACGAAAGGCAUAGCCGAUAUCCAGCAUGUGCUCCGCAGCAAGUUUAGCAAAAUAAACGCCGGCAUCAGGAAACGGAAGGCGCUCAGCGUGACGGAAGUGUUCCCCCCGCAGAAGGACAAUGCCUCGAAUUUCUAUGUGCCAAGUCCGCUCACCUCGUCUUCCAGUCAGACCUUCGAGGACAACCGUUACGAUUCGAGCGAGCCCGCAUCACUGCCACCGUAUCCCUUCCAUGACAAUUUAGAGACCUUGGCGGAGAGCAGCGUUCCGAAUUCACCUCAUUGCAAUGGCAAUAGCUUCACCUACUCCCAGGACAAUUACGAGCAGAAAGAUCUCUACGAGAACGUGGUGUUCCCCAGGUCCUCGCCGUCCUCCUGCUGUCCGAGGAGUCGGCCUCUUCUUCAACGUAGUAAUUCGGAGAAUCGCGAGGCCAACGUGCACGAGCAUUCUUACGAGAAUGUUCGCUUUCAACGAGGCAUCGCUCAACGAGACGACCUGGCCUCGGGAAGUCCGUACGCGGGUCGACACUUAGCCAGGAGCAACUCCGAGACCAGGGAGCACUCGUACGAGAACGUGCACUUUCAGAACGCGAAGAUCAGGAACCAGUCGGAUCCGUCGUUCGAGGAGAUACACAUACCAAGAGUGACACCCAGAAAGAGAUCCACCGACUUUAAGGUCGGCGGACAGGUGAAUAAUUAUUCGGGCGAGGCCAUGUUGAGCUCUGGUGGUGGUAACAAGGAGGAUGCACCGACCAGUUUAGGUACGGAGAGAAGUUCUGGUAAAAGACACCCGAGGAGGCUCAAUAGUAGGAGUGUUGCGAAUAUCCCUAGCUCUUCGGGCGCGAACUUGAAGACUUGGCAAGGUACUCAAGAUGCGGAUGAAGGUUUGAACACGGAUUCGGAGCUUGAAGACAUUGAUGAAGGUGCGGAAGGCGAAGAGUCGCGUUUCUGUACCUUGCCAAGACCCAGUAAAGGUGGCGCAUCCUUCACGAUAUUGACUGCCAGAUUUCUCAAAGGUCCUGGACAUAAGGGACUCGGCUUCAGUAUCGUCGGCGGUACCGACAGUCCUCGUGGAAAUAUGGGAAUAUAUGUGAAAACUAUUUUCCCCAAUGGUCAAGCCGCUGACUUGGGUACUGUCAAAGAAGGGGACGAAAUUUUGUCAAUAAAUUCGAAACCUCUUCAUGGUAUGACCCACGCCGAGGCGAUCGCUGAAUUCAAGUCUGUGAAGGCCGGGGAUGUCGUCUUGCAUGUAGGACGUCGCGUAAACAAAAAGAAAAAAGAAGCCUUGAGUCUAGCACCGGUUAAUCCUUCCGUUCCAAGGCAAUCCGUCACAUGAAUUCACAUAAAGAAUGUUGCAACGACGAACGAUUUUUCUGUUUGCUGAAGUUUCGAUCUUUCAAUUUCCAAGAACGUUCACAAUAUAGCAAUAUCGAAUAAUUAUUGCUGGCAAUAAUACAUGAAAGAUCGAGUCAGACUGUGACGUGACUCAUCUCCAUUCUCUUAACCUUCAGUUCGAGAGACUCGAGUUACGUCAAAUUUGAUCGUACAUUUUAUUUCUAACUUUUAAUUAUAGUUUUUAUGCUGAGAAUGAGAGAAUGAAGUUUCCAUAUGAAAAAUUUGAUAUCUUUAUACGUAAUUGAUCAGAAUAAUUUUUAAGGCAUUGGAAAAUUCUUUCUACGUAAAUUUUUUUGUUUAAAAUCAUUGUUUAAAAUUAUUUAUUAUUAUGCUUUUCAAAUGCGAAAGUUUAUGCUUUUUAGCAGCACUUUCUAUAUAUUUUCAAUAUUCUUUUUGUUGCUUCUGCACGGUUCGAUCAUAUAUUUACUUUAUGCUAAACAUGGCAAAUGUGGAGGAGGAGAGAAGGGAAUUACUUGAAAAUUUUUAAAUUGAUCCUACUAUCUCAAAAUUAAAUUUAAAGGCGGGAUAAUAAAAUUAUACUGCAGUUUUAACGAAAUUAUAAAGAGAUUCAUCGAAAGUUCACACAUAUCCGAUGGUGAGGUUCUUGCAUCAAACAAGAUCUUGUUUAUGAUUGCGAGAAGAAUUUCAUUUGAUUUUUAUUUUAUGUUCUCGAUAUAAAAUGUAAAAGGAUAUAAAAUGUAAAAGGAUAUAAAAUUGAUGAUGCUCGUGUUAAUAUAAAAAUAGAGCAAGUUGGGGAAAACAAAGUACCUUUCUUGACAAACAUAAUCAAACGGUGAGGCGAACACUGUCAAAUCAAAGCGCGUUUUAAUCGUACGAUUUACUCGGUACCCGCUAUAUUAAACAUUAAUAUUUAUCGAUAAAUUUAUAAUUAUCUAACAUUAUCUAUUAGAAAUGUCGGUGUAAUGGAGGAUCAUUGAAGCUUUUGAUUAAAUCGCAUUCUCUUACGUUUACUUAUGCAUGGACGGAUGAAUUACAUGUAUCGAAAGAACUACGGUUAUUUACGAAAUGGAACAUAUUACAAGCAAACGCAACGAAGUCCUCCAGUUAGCAAUUAACAGACGAUUUAUUUUUAUAAUGCGAACGAAAAUGUACUGCAAUUUUGUACAGUUAAGAAUGAGCGUAACGACGUUUUAAUGUGCAUGCCAAAUCAACGAAGCGAACGGAAUCGAUCGCGGUAUCAAACUUACGAUAGAGAUUAUCUCUAAUGAUAAUUAGCCGAGCAAUAUAUAUAUGCCUGAAUCAUAAAAAUCUGACUUUAUCCAAGAAAAAUGGAGUACUAAAAA